AUGCUUUCCACUUCGCCACUGCUUCCUCCUGGUGGUAAAGGAUGUGUCGGAAGUCGUCCAGCGGCCGCAUGGGAGAAAACUCCACAGUUAGUCGCAAAGCGAAACGCUCGCGAACGCACCAGGGUACACACGGUAAAUCAGGCUUUCCUGAUUCUUAAAUGUCAUCUACCCUCACUUCGAGCUCACAAUAAACGAGUCUCAAAGCUGAAAAUUCUCCGUGCCACCAUAAAGUAUAUCAACACGCUUGCGGAUUUGGUGAGGACAGUUUCUGACUCGAGUCGAAAUGAUGAGAUUGAUAGGGUUGAAGCGAACGUUUUACUACGCUCGCACACUUCUCUACUUCGCUCAACGACACUUGCUGCUUUAAAAUCGGAUACAAUCGUUAAAGAAUCCGCUCCAGCUAUUCAAUCGUCAGAGAGUGCUUUUCAUCCAUUGAAUCCGCAUCCAGCUCCUCAACCCGCGAUCACUCUAUUGGACUAUCACGGUUACAUGUACCAUCCACAAACGAUGAGCGAUGGCUCAAUCUAUGCCGCCCCAAUCCCACUUUCCACUUACAGUUUCACGUCACGU